AUCGGGCAGGCGGACGUCCGAGGCACGCCGAGAUGCUGCUGUUCUGCCCGGCCUGCGGGAACGUGCUGGUAGCCGAGGAGGGCGCCCGUUGCCACCGCUUCGCUUGCACCACCUGCCCCUACGUGCGGAACGUCACGCGCAAGGUGACGAGCCGGCGCUACCCGAAGCUGAAGGAAGUGGACGACGUGCUGGGCGGGGCCGCCGCCUGGGAGAACGUGGACUCGACCGCAGAGCCCUGCCCCAAGUGCGGCCACCCGCGCGCCUACUUCAUGCAGCUGCAGACGCGCUCGGCCGACGAGCCCAUGACCACCUUCUACAAGUGCUGCAGCGCCCGGUGCGGCCACCGCUGGCGGGACUGAGCGGCCUGGGGAAGGCGCCCGCGCGAUGCUCCCCCGGCGGAGGAAGGGAGCCGGGAGUCGCUUUAAUAAAGUCGCUUUAUUCGCCCCCGGAGCUUACAGGGGCGCCCCCGGA